UUUUUCUAUCUUAUUUCGGCUCUGCUUCUCAUUCAACCAUGUCUACUACCUUCAUCCUCCUGCAAAUACUAUCAGUCUUCUUCUGCAAUUUCUGUUUGUUUCCUUAUUACUGUAAUGCGUUGCAUGCAAGCAGAAUCACUCAUCUUCCAGGUUUCAAUGGCUCUCUUCCCUUCUACCUUGAAACAGGCUAUGUGACAGUGAAUGAAGAGAGCGGGGCAGAACUCUUCUACUACUUUGUAGAGUCUGAGAGGAAUCCCAGUGAUGAUCCACUUAUUCUUUUUCUUGUUGGUGGACCUUAUUGCUCUGGUUUUUCUGGCUUGGCCUUGGACGUUGGUCCUCUCGGGUUUAUGGUCAAAGCAUAUGAUGGAACGUUGCCUACUUUGACUUCUAAUCCUUUUUCAUGGACACAAAUCUCCAGCAUUAUCUUUUUGGAUUGGCCUGUGGGGACCGGAUUCUCAUUCUCACCAAGUAUUGUGGAUUAUCAUACAGAUGAAGUAAAAUCUGCAAAACAAAUCUAUAAGUUUCUUAUAAAGUGGUUGCUUGAUCAUCCAAGUUUUCAAUCAAAUCCUUUUUAUGUUGCUGGAGAUUCAUAUGGAGGGAAAAUGGCACCUCUGUCUGCUCUAGAGAUUGCAGAUGGCAAUGAAAAUUUUCGGCAACCCUUUGUUAAUCUCAAGGGUUAUUUAGUUGGCAACCCAGUUACAAGCGACAGGAUUGACAUCAGUUCUCAACCUCCUCAUGCUUAUGGAUUGGGAAUAAUUUCGGAUGAACUACUAAAGCUGAUACAAAUAAAUUGUGUGGGGGAAGACUAUCGAAAUCCUAAGAAUACUCAUUGUGCAACAAACCUCAAAACAUUGAAUGAGUUCCUUUCAGAGAUCAACAAAUAUAGCAUAUUGGAGCCUAAAUGUCCUGAUGACUCUUUUGAACUGAAGGAACAAAAAGGGAACCACAGGUCAAUUAAGGAGAAGUUUUUUGAAUUCUAUCCUUCAUUAUAUGUACCUGAUAUUGAUUGUGCAAAUGAUCGUCUUCUUUCGUAUUAUUGGUCGAAUGACCGUCUCACCAAAGUGGCUCUUCAUAUCAAGGAGGGUACUGUCGAAGAAUGGCAUCGUUGCAAGCAGGAUUCAAAUAAUUACACAUAUAACGUACCAACUUCUGUGCCUCAUCAUCUCAACCUAAUAAGAAGAGGAUAUCGAGCUCUGAUUUAUAGUGGGGAUCAUGAUCUCGAUAUACCAUUUAUUGGCACACUUAAGUGGGUAAGAUCCCUCAACUUCUCUAUCGUUGAAAAUUGGCGAUCAUGGCGUGCUGGCGGCCAAGUUGCAGGGUAUACAAUACUGUUCUCAAACAAUCUGACAUUUGCAACUGUGAAGGGUGGAAGUCAUACAGCUCCAAAUAAUAUGCCUUUGCAAUGCUUCGUUAUGUUUGAAAGGUGGAUUUCUCACAAGUCUCUAUGAUUAAUCUGACCUUAUGAACAAAUUUAUUGCAGAACAAAAUAAAUAAAUAAAGUUUUUCUUCUGCUUUCAGUGAACACAGCUGAUGUAUUUGAUAUAUGUUAGAGAAUAUAUUAAGUUACGCCUGUGGUAAGUUC